GUCCGUCGUCCGUACUCCGCACUCCGCAGUCCCAGAUCCUUAGCAGAUAUAAAGAUGGCGGCAGUGCCCAGCGUGCUACUUUGGAAAAAGUUUCAACAUAACCAAGAAAGUUGAAUGAAAUAAUUUUAUAUGAUGGGUUUUAACCCUGGGAGAGAUGAAUACUAUCAAAAGAACAGCAAAUUGUGCUUCAACUAAUGACCAGAAACGGUUACGCAAAGAUGUGGUCGCUGUGAAAAAGAUAAACUUUAGAAGAAGUAAUGAAGAGUUGACAAUAGAUCGGGUUAAAGACUAUAAAAUUAAGAAAACUUCUACUCUCGAUGUGAGGAGAAGCAGACGGUCGAAGCGAAGGAGUUUAAAUAGCAGCUGUAGCGAGAGUGAAAUGGUAGAUGAUCGAAAACAAGCCGAACCUUCAAUGGAGGACGAUCACCCGGUGCGGAAACGCGAGAAGUCUCUAACAGGGUUAAAAGUUGCAGAAGAGAAAAACCGCUACUGCAGCACUCCAAAUAGAACAGGGAAUGAUAUACAGGAUUGCGAAGCUGAACUAUCUGCAAGGUAUUUCAAGCGUGAACAAACUAAUGCAACAAGUGUUAGCUCUCCUUUUGGAUUGAAAAGUUUAAUCAACAGUUCCAGUUUUUGCGACGAUGAUGGUGUUUUAGCUGCUUUGAAUUUGAGUGAAAUUAUCACUUCCUCGGCUGCUUUGAACCGUACGCAAGGCAACUUGGCAAUUUUACCAGAAGAGGAGGAAAAGCAGUUUUAUGGCUUACCUCUCAAAGUCAAAGAGUUGUUACAGAAAUACAAAGGAAUUGAUAGUUUGUAUGGUAAGUUAGUUUAAGAUAACCCUUAACACUUCAACUCCCAGGAGUGAUAAACAUGUAACUUCUUCCCACAAUAUUCAUACAUUAUCCAGCAAACAGGUAGUGAGAAUACUCAAACUCAUCAAGUGCACAAUAUUAGCUUGGUCAAAAGCAAAAUUCUUGUAACCAGUUUACAUGGAAAUGUGUAGCAGCUAGAAGGGAGAAUUAACAAUCAGAUCUUGGGAGUUAAAGGGUUAACACUCAGUACACAUAUUCUCCAUUCAAGUACGAAAAAGAAGAGUUUGUUUAACAAUCAAGAGCUUCUUUAGUUGGUGAUCAUUUCCUCUAUUCUCUUGUUUGAUUCAGGGGUGAUACUUUGAGGAGAAAUAAGGUUCAGCCCCUCCUAGAGUAAAGCUAUUUUGGGUGACCAGCUACUGUCUGUAUUUCUAAUUCACAUAUUAUAUUAAAUUUGUCAAUUGAACCACUGAACAAUUUAAGUUGUUUACUCCUGAACUCCCAGCAUAGAUCAAAAUAUAAUUUCUCCAUACACUUUUAAUACAUAAUCCAACAAAUGGGUGAUAAAAACUAACAAACCCAUUGGCUAAAGAACAUUUUAACAAAACACCAAAUUCUCUUUUCUAAUCUACAAGUUAAUAUGUAGCAGCUUUGGAGAGAAUUACUUCUCAGAUCUUGAGGGUUAAAGACAUACUGAUGCAUUUUUUUUCAUUGCAGACUGGCAAAAAGACUGCCUCAAUCUAGAGGCUAUUAAGGAGAGAAGAAACUUGAUUUAUUCCCUUCCAACAAGUGGAGGCAAAACUUUAGUUGCAGAAAUUCUUAUUUUCAAAGAGCUGCUUUUGCAAGAGAAAGAUGUCUUGUUUGUUCUCCCAUUUGUGUCAAUUGUACAGGAAAAGGUGAUUCUGUGUUUUAAGUUUGCCGCAUUAGAAUACCAAUGUUAGAAUAUUUAUUUUAAUACUUUUAUGUACGUAUAAAUUAGUACAUGCGUAGACCUAAGAAACACCUUAACUCCGACAGGAGUAGGUAACUUUUUUAAAUUAAUGAGAGUUACAGGGAUGCCCCUUCUUAAAAGGUUAAUUUUUAAGGCUAAUUUAUACUUUUUGCAAGCAGGCUUAAAAAUCUCCUUUCUUCCCCCUUUCUCCUCUCUGAAUUCAGAAAAUUAUAAAUACUUGAACUAUUUGGGGAUGUUAAUCAGGACUUACCAGCAAAACUAUUGUUGCUUACAAUUUUGUUAUCUCAUGUUUAAUUGGCCACCCCUUCUCAACAAAAAAUACCUUUAGAAAUAUUUCUAGUGUUUUCAGGAGUCUGACAGAAAUGGAGACUCCCUUUCUACUCACAAAUGCCUUGAUCUACCUUGAAAACUCCUGUACAAGCUCUAUAUUUACACCUGUUAACCAGCCAGCCAUAAGAUUUGGAACACUUUUCCUGCUUUGUGACAUGAUGCCUGUACUUGCUUUUAAUGCCUAUCUCAAUAAGGAUUUCUUUGUCUUUGAUCAUCAGGUUAAAUCUCUUUCUCAAUUUGCUGUUGACCUCAGCUUCUUAGUAGAAGAGUAUGCUGCCAGCCUAGGAAGAAUCCCUCCACGCAAAAGACGCAAGAAGAAAUCUGUGUAUAUUGCAACAAUAGAGAAGGUUUGAAGGUUCUGUUGAAGCAUUACAAAUGAAAGGGGGCAGAGAAAAUUCCCAGAAGUGAGCUCAUGGAACUCAAGGAGGAUUUUAAUUUUGCAUCAGAAGUCAACCAUGAUUUUUUCCCAUGUAGCUCUUCAAAUAAUGAAGUUUGCCUUAACUGUUUUCAAGCCAUUUUAAAUUAUUUUUUAAUUUCUCUUUUCAAAUAGGCAAAUGCGCUUAUUAAUGGCCUUAUUGAAGAAAGCAGGAUUUCAACCUUGGGACUUGUUGUAAUUGACGAGGUACAGAAGACUUGAAUCCUUGACUGAGAGUUGAGCAGAUAUGUAGAUGGUUUCACUCUAUCUAACAUACUACAGUUAUGUCUCAUUUUUUAUGUUAACCAAUAACAGUGUGAUAUAUUUAUUUUCUUAUCUGUCAAGCUGCAUAUGCUUGGAGAGGCUGGAAGAGGUGCUACUUUAGAGAUGCGUUUGGCAAAGCUCAUGUUUGUGUCUUGUAAGUACUCUACAGUGCUGUGUAAUGAUGUUUUCUGAUUAUUUGACUCAAGCAGAUUGUCUCUGAUGGCCAAAAAUUCUUGACAAGAAGGGAGAACAGAAAUAUCAAGAAUUGUUUUAUGCUAAGGAUAAAUUGAAGCUAAGGCUUGUUGAGCCUGUUUUGAUUGGAGAAGUAACUCUUGAUUUUUAUAAUUUUACAUUUUGUAGCCACCACUCAGAUCAUUGGAAUGAGUGCUACUUUAAGCAACAUUGCAGAUUUGAAGACAUUUUUAAAGGCAGAGGUGUAUUCAAAUAAUUUUAGACCCGUGAGUACAGAAUUUUACUUGUGAUUCAGAUUUUAUAAAGUACUUUUUAUUCCCCGUUGGUGUUUCAUACCUUGCACAUGAUAUAUAAUUCAGCCUGUAGCCUGGAAACUGUAACAUACUGACAAUAUAAAAUGUGAUGAGCAUGUUUUAAUUGAUUGAUAUGUCUUUGCUCAGGUUGAACUGAAGGAGUUUGUAAAAGUGGGGCAUGACAUUUAUAAAGUUCCUGAGGCUACAGAUCCUGAGGGAGAAUGCAGCAAGCCAGUUAGGAGUAUCCCUCUCAAGCAGGUCAGAACAUAAACACACGAAGCCACAAUGGCAUUUGAUUGUGUGGUCUGAUUGUACAGGUGAAAGUAGCCCUGAGAAGGACUGUUCUUGGUUGUAGCAAGUGACGUGUUUACAACCUUAACAGAUGUCAUCAUCAAGGUCAAGAAAACUAACAAUGACUCUGAUGAUGACUUCCACUAAGGUUGUCAAAACCUCAGUCACCACUACUGAUAUUACAAUCAAAUUAGAACUGCUUGUAAGCGGUAAAAUCCUCAGUGUCAGCAGUAUUGGAAUGUUUUUGAAGUAGUUUUACUAGCUCAGUGUCUACUUUUUUAAGAUUUUUGUUAAAAUUGUUCUUAGGACCAAAGGAUCCUGAAGCAAGAUCCAGACCAGUUGUUAUCCCUGGUGUUGGAGGUCGUACCAGAUCACUCCUGUCUCGUGUUUUGUUCUACAAAGAAAAACUGCCAAAACUUAGCAUUGCUUCUUGUGAAGUUUAUGCCCAGGUAACAAAUUGUUAGCAGUGCUCCCGGAUUUUUGACUUUCAGUUGAGGUUCAUUUUGUGUGUUACUAGGAAAUUGUGCCAAGUCAAAGCUCAAGAAAGACUUCAGCUGAUGAAAGCUUUGUACAAUGAAGCUUCUGACCUCUGUCCCGUGUUGAAACAGACCAUUCCUUUUGGAAUUGCUUAUCACCACAGCGGGCUGACGAUGGAUGAACGGAAACUCAUUGAGGACGGCUACUGUCAGGGGGUGCUGUGUCUUCUGACUUGCACUUCAACUUUAGCAGCUGGUGUCAAUUUGCCAGCAAAGAGGUAUGUAACAGAUUGACAUCCCUCUGAUUCUCGUAUGAGAUCAAAACUAUAACGAAACUCCCAAACGUAAUUUGUUUUUACAACAGCAGCUCAGUUUGAGCAACAAAAGGACAGUUUACGUGUCAUGCUUGUAUAAUUGGACAGUAUGCACCAGUUGAGGGCACUUUUUAUGAAGACUAUUGGGUUCAUUUUUGUUGGAAAAAUUCUCUCUGCAAUCAUACUCGUGCUUCACAAAUAGAUUCCGCUUUUAAGGAUUGAGCUUAUUGCGAAAACAAAGAUUUUUUGUCUCCUGCUAUUCAGGAGCAGCUAAUGUGUUAGUUUGGUGUGCAGGGUGAUAAUCCGUGCGCUGUAUGUGGGAAGCUCAGUGCUCAGUCAGAGUCAGUACAAGCAGAUGAUUGGUCGGGCGGGGCGAGCUGGAAUAGACACGUCUGGAGAAAGUAUUCUUAUCGUCAAAGAUUCGGAUAAACCCAAGGUUAGGAUUAAUUUUGUUGUUGGUCAUGUACUGCCAUAGGUUUGAUUGUGCAGUCUUUACUUUUCAUUCACAUCUUGCGCGAAACAAGACGCGUCCUACGAGAAAUGAGACACGCCUCGCGAGAAAUAGGACACGUCUCGCCAGAAACGAGAAACGUCUCAGAAGAAGUAAGACACGUCUCAGAAGAAGUAAAACACGUCUCGUGAGGAAUGAUACAUCUCGCGGGAAAGAGGCAAUUCUGUAAGAAAUGAGAAAAAUCUAAGGACAUAUCGUGAUAAAUUAGAAUCGUUUCGCGAUUGGUGAGACACGUUUUCCUCGCGAGAUUUGAGACACAUCUCGCGAAAAAUUGGACACGUAUCGCAAAGAGUGAUGAGAACGUCUUUUGUUGAAUACAGUUCGCCUCGCAGAAAAAUUGUCUUAUAGGAAAUUUGAUUCACCUUGCGCGAAACAAGACUCAUCUUCCAAGGAAGAAACGAUGUGUGUCACGAUUAGUGUGGGAUUUGUUCUUUUGCUUUCAUCGAGGUGUAAGUUGCAUUUUUUUCUCUUCCCAGAUUCGUCACCUAUUUUCAGGCCCGUUGGAGAACUGUUAUAGUGGAUUAUUGUUUGACAAUGGCAAAGGAUUAAGAGCAAUGCUCCUGACACUUAUAGGACUGAAAGUAAGUUGUGUAAGGAAAAUAUUGUGAUUUCUCCUCAACAAAUUAUUCUCUAUGGAAACAAGGAUAUAGCCCCUGACAAAAGACCAUCGUGGGGUUUUCUUUCGAACGCAUUUUGUUUGAGUUUUUAAAGGAAAUAUCUUAAGAAGCCGGUGAGAACUCGCGAGGAAAACGUGUUUCAACAAGUAAUUUAGUGUUAACAACUGAGUUAAAAACGUAAAUUAGCCACCGUAUUUCAACAAGUUUAGUUUGGUUUUAUUUUUCCAUGUGAUUGGUUGAAAAAGUGGUGCGAGUUUUCUGGAUCAAUCACAGAGGAAGGGAAAUGAAAGCCAGUGCAAUCCCCAAUUACUUCCAACACUCAAUUCAAAAUUUCUUUGACUUCUAGUUAACGUAAAUUCCCUUUGAAAAUAAAAAGUUACUCCAAAAAAAUGUUGUGUACCUCUCAAGAUGUGAUUUCUCUCGAUAAUAAUCCUUGUGAUACAGGUUGUUUAACCUCAAAUCCUUUUUUUUUUUUUGCAGCUAUGUACAACAACAGAAAAACUGACACAGUUCAUGCAGAACACUUUACUGUCUGUGCAGUCAGAAUCACAGUCAGUCAACAUUACUGAACAGAUGGAGACAGCGCUGGACUCCUUACACAAUUUGGGACAUAUUAAAAUUACUGGUUCUACAGACAGCAGGAAGAUUGAAGUCACUCAGCUUGGACAGGCUACUUUCAAAGGUUUGGAAAAAAAAGUAGCAAAAGAAAUACGCUCUGUUGAAAGAAUGGAGUAGAGAAUGCAGUGGAACCUUUUUCUGACGCCUUUUUUCGGGAGAUACCUCAAUUUCAGUGACAUAAGCCUAAGUGCGAUAGCGUGCAGAGCGGGUGUGAUUUUUGCGAGCUAGUGCUCAGUAUUUUCUUGUUUUUUCACGGCAGCAGAAAGCUGGGGAGAGAAAUAAAUUCUUACCAGGGGGGUUAGCGACGGUCAAAAGGAAGGAGAGGGGAGGUGUGGGGCCUCUUUGAGUUUCGUCUGUUUGUUGUUAACUUUUAAUUGAGGCUGCCUUAGACUUUGUAAGUGGAGGCAUACAUAACACUUAAGCAGUGGAUAAUAAUUAAUUAAGGUAGCAAAACCGACAUUUUAUAGUGAGUGAUUAAGAAAAUCGCGAGUUGUAUGCAGCUGUUUACUGAGUUGUUAAACGCUUGUUGGUUUUCAUGAGGGAAUUUCAUUCUUGCAGGGUGCAUUGAUGUGGACAGCAGUCCCUUGAUAUAUAGCGAGCUUGCUAGAGCCCAGGACAACCUCGUGCUAGCCAAUGAGCUACACCUGUUGUAUCUGGUUACGCCACAUGAUUUAAGAGAUUCACCCCAACCUGAGUGGAUGGUAUAUUACAAGCAGGUCAGUGGGAACAGUUUUUGAUUAAGUGUUGAAAGUAUUAUCAGAUUGCAAAAUACGCUAUACGCUAUUUGAUUGGUUAAAAUAUCAUGCGCCACCUUCCAACCAAUCAAAUGCAAAACUAACAGGAAUCGCGACUUGGUUGCCCGCGUUUUCCCGCGCUGGACACAAGUCACGUGUGUUAACUUUGAAUUCUCAUUGGUUCCUUCGGAUAUUACCCUUUCCUCUAGUUGGCCGUUUGUGAUUACUUUGGUUUUUCCUUUUAGACGCACUAUAUCGAAAAUUGCUCUGGUGGAAUUUUAUCCCCUGGUUGAAGAAAUUAUUCCAAAAAGACUGUCUGUUCGUCAUGAAGAACGUUAUGUUCAAUGAUUAUCCAAAACAUAUUUGAAACCCUGUGCUCGAAAAAAAUAAACGAACCUAAGGUGACCUGCCUGGAAGAGUUUUAUCGAAGACUUACAGUUGUGGUCGUUUCGCCCUUAGGUAUCUUCAUUUCGUGAAGAGUCCGAGGAAAGAGUCGCUGAACUUUUGGGAGCAACAGAAAGUUUUUUAUUCAGAAGAGCCACAGGACAGCGAUCGAAAAUGGUAAAUGGUCAUCUUAUUGAAUUGCGCAGGGGAGUUAGGUCCUUAUCACAUUCUAUUUUAUUUCUCUGACAUCCAUGGCACGACAUGGCGCUGUCUCGUUCUUGUUUUUUCUGUGGAACUUUGAUUUGGGGUUUGUUUUGGUAAUAGAGAUGUUCAUUAUGGCUUAAUUGGUAGACGUGAAGGGAUAGAAAUUGUACGCGCAAAGCGAAUAACAAUCAAUAUGGCUGUCAAACGUCCCGCGCAUAUCCAAAUGUUUUAAUUGUUGAUGCGGUGCUUUCCAAGCUGUCAGAACCAGGAUUUCCUAGAGAAUUUACAAACAGUCACACAGGCUAGAAGGUCACGGUGUUUAAAAGUGUAUACCUUUUUUGAUAAACCUCAAAACAAAAUUGCAGAUUAACAGAACACCCAUUAUUAAAUAAGUUUUUUGUCCUUAUUUUUGUAGCCUUUAACACAAUUCUGUGAACGUUUCAAUUUUUUUUCGCAUAUUUUCAGACAGUGGUUGUUUCUGAGGUUUUCCUUUGAACUUUUGCACGGGAAGUUGGCGUGUGGCUGGCCAAAAUUGAUCCCCUUGAACAUGCCUGACGUUUCUUCGCUGUGUCGUAACAUUUUUUUUUGUAAUUAGGACGACACUACAGAAAGCAGAGUGAGGCGUUUCUAUUUGACCUUGAUGCUUUACAAAUUGUUACAAGAGGACACUGUAUGGAAUGUGGCCCGUCUUUUUAACGUAACUCGCGGAUUUGUGCAGAAUCUGUUAACUUCAGCGUCUUCGUUCGCGUCCUGCAUGGUCCACUUCACUCGAGUAAGUUUGUCCCAGCGAGUGAUUCAACAAGAGCUCUGUUUUCGGCAUUUAAUUUUCAAACUUUAGGCUCGAAGUACAGUUGUCAAAGAAUUUAGUUGGAGUAUGUUGCUCGGCUUUUGUAAUUGGAUUAGUCAGUUUUGAGUAACUCGCUUAAAUGAGAGAAGUUUCACGGUUGCCGUUUUAUCCCCUGAUUAAUCAGUUAUUCAAUUCUUAGACAGAUGAUGAGAAUUAAGGCAACUGAUAACCAGGGGACAUGGAUUUGAUAACAUACGAAGUUCUCUUGUCUAGUUGGGGAAAAAUGUUUUGUAAUCAAGUGAGAGGAUUACUUUAAGGUCCUUAUUUGCAACUAUUUUUUUUAUGUUCAGGAACUGAAUGAAUUUUGGGGCGUGAAUACGCUACUUGAAGUCAUGGUAAAGAAGUUGUCUUACACAGCGAGCUUGGAGCUUGUGCCCCUAAUGGAAGUUCCUGGGGUGAAACAGGUAAACAUUGAAUUAUUUUCGAAAUCAGUAGCUGAACAGCUUUUGCACACCGAGAAGAAUAACGCAGGAAAACCCCCAAGGAUGAGGGUGAAAAGAGGGGUGAGGGAUUUGUUCGCUUUUCCCUCUUCCUCACUCUUUCCUUACAUCCGUAUCCCUCCCCACGUGCGCUUGCUCCCAAGCUAAUUAUGAUCCGUACAUGUACGAAAAGAUGAACGUUUUGCGGCCAAGGGCAGUGCUAAAAGGGCAAAUUAUUAAAACAAAGUUUAGUCGUUGUUUGAUAAAACUGCGUCCUAAUCAUUGCAGUCUGUCGGGGGCGACAAUGACUGUUUCAUUUAGGUCUGGUCAGAUUCCUCCACGCUCCUUCUUUCAUUUCAAUCAGCAGCAUACAACCUUAGGUUUUUAUGAUUCUGUUUUAAUUUACUGUGUUUUCCCCUUAGUCUCGUGCGCACCAGUUAGUAAAGGCCGGAUACAAAACUCUGACUAGCUUGGCCUGGGCUGAUCCCGCUUCGCUCGUGGAACAGAUCGAGCACCUCCCCAGACGUCAGGCUAAUCAGAUUGUCUCCGCUGCUAAGGUAACCAAAUUAAAGUUUUUACAUUUUUAACAAAAUUGCGCCGUUGAUUAUGGAGAUAGAGAUGUGUGCGUAAUGAUUGGUCGAAGAUUGUGUCAUUUAAGAUGAUUGUUUCAUUUCUUCAUUUCGAACUGCCAUUUCCUCUUUUCCUUCCCUCCCCCCUUUAGUAUGUUUUUUGUAGUCACGUGGGACGCACGUGAGCUGAUCAAUAAACCAAUUAUGUUUAGAGACCUUGACUUAGUGGUUGAGGUGAAUACUUUCGUGGACUUGUGUUUUUCAGAGUCGAGUUCAGGUUUUUUCUUUAACUUUAUCGCAAAUUUGUCGCUUGUUUUUCUUUGGAGUUUAGGACUUUUCGAAGGUUCUAUUUCGAGACAAUUGUUGUAUGAAAUUUAAUAUAUUUUCAUCCAUCUUAACUGAUGUCGUGUAGACUCUAGCCUGUUUGUCAGAAAAGGAUUUUGACAUCCUAUAUCCUUUUAAAACGACGAUACUGAACCAGUAACUGAUCUGUGAACAACUCCUUGAAAACGCACGCAAAAUUGUGACAAGUUAUUAAGAGAGUCGGUGGCUGACUGAUUUGAGGUGUCGUUUUUUAGAUGCUUCUGGAAGAGAAAGCGGAUGCUUUGCGAGAAGAAGCUGAGGAGAUGACAACUGCGCCAGACUUACCUUCCACCGAACAGUCACAAAAUUAAUAAUUUAUCCAGAGUUCUUUAUUGUCCUGCUUCAAGAAACAAAAUCUCAAUACGUACAUACAUUCGUGCACAGCAUUUUAAUGAUAAAAAGUUACCUGACACUCAUCUGUCUACGGAAAGGAAAUUAUUGCACCUCGGAAUUAUUUAUGUGAUUUUAAUCACGGAUGCAUAAAUCGCAUUAGUAGUAAAUAUUUUUUGUAUCUUCAUUUCGUAUUGUUAGCAAUGAAGUGAUUGUAUUUAUGAAGGAAACGGCGAUCGUAUUCAGGUGUAUAUGGUUUAAUUAAUUUCUUUUGAAUAAAGGUAUAUUAAUUGUAAACAAUAC